AACUCGGCAAAAUGGUUGCUAAACAGAGAAUUCGCAUGGCCAACGAGAAGCACAGCAAAAACAUCACGCUACGAGGAAACGUGGCAAAAUCGACGAGGGCUGCGGACGAGAAAUCUUCCGUAGGACCAUGGCUGCUUGCGUUAUUCAUCUUUGUCGUCUGUGGAUCAGCAAUUUUCCAGAUCAUCCAAAGCAUCCGGAUGGGAAUGUAGAGGCAAGACACCCCAAUUCCAGUCUCCGUUCUCUGCAUUCCUCCCUCCACCCUUUUUACCGCGAGAUGGUGACUCUCAUCUUGGCAAGCCUGAAGAUCAAUCGCCCAUUCCUCUCUUGCAUUAUUUAAUCUUCUUUGUUUUUCCGCCUCUUUGUAAGUGCCAAGAUGGGUAACUGUAGUUAUCGUCUCCUUUGCCCCUUAAUUCGAUGAGGCAUGUCAACUUGACUUCAAAAGAAAAAUAUUCUUGCCAAAGCCAUAAGUUAUGGGAAUUCAGACAUUCCAUUUGCAGGACCAAGUUUGCUGCUGAAUCUUUGAGUGAAAUCGCAUGUUCGAAAGAGGAUGGCCGAGUGCAUGUAAUGUGCAGUGCACUCGCCGAGUUAGGAUUUGUGCUUUUUACCCCUUUUGUGAUUCUUCAGUUGAAAAAAAAAAAAAGAUCUCAAGAUUCUCCUCUUUAUUUUCAAAGAUGGACUGUAUAUGAGAUUUUUUUCUGUUGUUGUGUGCCUUUCUGGGGGACCAUGUACAGUGGUUUUGACAGCUGUAACAGUGGUAUAGAAUAGAUGAAUCGUUAGCAGAAAAAGCUGAUCUAAACAUGCUGCAUUGGUUUUUGUCAGUCCGAAUGAGGUACUGUUCCAAGUUGAAUGUUGUCGCAAACAUUAUAGCAUCCAACAUUGUGCACCUUUUUCUAUGCUAUGGUUCUACAACCUGAUUAAACCAAUACAUUGGCGGCUCCUGUAAUUUUGCAACGAAAGUAAAGAAGAACGUGUCUAGUGGAGUGAUGUCCUGAAGGAAAUUAGCUACACUGUGUGUGGUACCAGCUAAACAACUACUAUGCUGUCAAUGUCCUCGAUAAUGAAUAAAAAUGUACAAAUGAAAAUCA